CACCCUCCCCAGUCAGAAGACAACCAUCCCCCACCCCGUUGUUUGCAUAUGUGAACUGGAGACUGCAACAGAUAAAAGGAAACCAGAAACCUUUUGGUGGAUUGUCCAUACUCGCUGUUGGCGAUUUCUUCCAGCUGCCUCCUCUUGGAAGAGCAAAACCACUCUGUGUGUACGAGGACCAUAUGCUAGACUUCUGGAAAGAUAACUUUCAAAUGAUAACACUGACACAGAUAAUGAGGCAGAGAGAUGAUCUUGCAUAUGCUGAGCUUCUCAACCGUCUGAGGGUGAAACAGAAGCACGCAAAACUGACUGAUGCAGAUAAGUGCAUGUUAGAAGCAGUCAUAAGAUCCUCACCUGAAGAGUGUCCUAUUGAUGCAUUACACAUCUAUGCAACCAAUAAAGAGGUAGACAGUCAUAACACUGAAGUCAUAUCCUCACACUUUUCAGAUAUUAUUAAUAUUGAUGCGCAUGACUACAAAAAAGAUCCACGAACAGGUGAAAUGAAAAGGCAAGCUGUACCAUUAAAAGGAGACAAACGUGAUCUAAUUGACACACUACAGAUUGCUAUUGGUGCACGAGUGAUGCUUACCAGAAAUAUUGAUGUAGAAGAUGGACUGGUUAAUGGGACUUUUGGCAAUGUGGCAAAAUUAACAGCUCAAACUCGAGGUGGUGUUUCUGUUGUUCAAUUAAUUGGUCUUCAUCUAGAUAAUGUGACUGCUGGACAGAAACAUCGCAACAAAGCACCUGAUGGAGAUGACAAUAUUGUCUAUAUUGAGAGGUCAGAGGAACCACUGAAAAAAAAAGGAACAGUUCGAAGGCAAUUCCCCAUGAAACUUGCUUUUGCAUGCACAAUCCAUAAAGUCCAAGGAAUGACAACUGAUUGUGCUGUCGUAUCUCUGAAGCGCAUAUUUGAAUCAGGCAUGGCAUAUGUUGCACUCAGCAGAACAACAACACUCAGCGGACUGCAUAUUACUGACUUUGAUGAAAAGAAAAUCUUCUGUGAUCCAGAAAUAAGGGCCUCCUUGGAAAACAUGCCAAAAGCAGAUUUUCACAACAUUCAACCCAUCCUUCAUAUUGUACAGGAUUCAAAAAUGAGUUCAGCUCUUAAAAUCAUUCAUCAUAACACAGAGGGACUGGAGUGUCAUAUGGAUGAUUUGAAAUGCCACCAUGAACUUUUACUGGCUGAUGUUUUGUGUCUCACCGAAACACACCUGUCAGGCUCAGCUGUUCCUGCAUACCUCCAACUGGAUGGGUACACCAUGUACAAACGCAACAGACAUGCAUCCUACACAAACUACGUCCAUUUGGCAAAUAAGAGUGGUGGUGGAGUGGCCAUUUAUGUGAAGAACAGCUUUCAAGUUUCUCCUCUGAUGUACAUCCAGAAUGUUACUGACCUGGAAUAUUUGGUUUUGAAGAUAAAAGCCCCCAAACAAGCACUUCUUGCAGUGAUCUACAGACCACCCAGUUAUAAUUUAGCAGACUUUUUGGCAAACCUGAAUGCCCUCUUGACAUCUCUGGAGAUCAUGGAUUUCAGGCCUGUUAUAGUGUGUGGAGACUUUAAUGAAGAUCAGCUGUCUCACUGCAACAAACCUAUUCUCAAUUUGUUUGAAGAUAAAGGAUACACACAGCUAAUCAGCACUGGGACAACAGAAAACAACACUCUUCUGGAUCCUGUGUUCAUAAGCGGUGCACACUCAAACGUCAGAGCAGGAGUUCUACAGACAUACUACAGCUAUCAUGAUCCUGUGUAUUGCGUUUUAGAGUAGAUACAUCACAAAAGCUGCAUAGAUCUCAUUUAGCACUUAAAAUAAUGUCGUGAUUUUAAUAACCCUCUUAAGUACUUUGGGGUCAAUAUGACUCCAAUCAACUUUUCUGUAGUUAAAAAAUGUUUUUUAUGAUUUUGUGACUUUUCAAUAUUUUCUAUCUGUAUUCACAUAAAAAAAGGGCUUGAUUCGGUUGUUCUGAAGGUAAGUAAUUAUUGUUUUUUUUUGCUAAUAUGGUUUGAAAUUGAACUGGAAAUGAAUGGGAAAUACGAAAAAAUCUAUAUAUAUUUUUUUUUUAAUUUGUCAAAAAAUAAUAAUAAAACCAGCAUAGGUCUGAAAAUUUUCACACAGAAAUGAAGGCCUGGUACUAGAUCACAAAUGCAAUGUAGAAAAGACGCGCGCACACGUGUGACUGCAACAAAGAGUAUUUUUUUUAUACAAAUUGGCAAAUAAAAUCUAUAAAUUCUGCAUAAAUCUGAAAAUGUCCACACAAAAAAAUUAAAGCCUGAUACUAGAGCACAAAUGCAAUGUGGAACGAUCAUACUCACUCACGUACGUACACACACACACACUCUCUUACACACAUACUCACCAUUCAUAUCUGCUUAUUGCAGUUGUUGUUUUUUAGUUUACUUCAGUUUUUUUUUUUUUUUGGUUUUAUUUACAUUUAUGUAAAAACAUUUUUUAUUUUAUUUUACUUUUUAGAUUGAAAUAAAUAUGUACCUGCAAUCAAGGUUUAGUGACAACUAUUUCUGCAAAUUUAUGUGGCAUUAUUGCAAAAGCGAGCACUUCAUCAAACAAAAUAAAUACAUCAAACAACAACAAAAAAAAUCUGCUUUUAAUGUAUUUUAUAAUGUUUCAAUAUUAUUACAAAAUAUUCAAUUCAAUUCAAUUACAAAAUAUAUAUCAGAAAAGUUGUCAGAAUAUAUCAGAAAAAUGAAUGGCUCUCUAUGGGCCUCUGCUGGAUAUAUAUGGUCAUUACACUAUUCUUUCAAAAACUGUGAUUUACUAUAUAUAUUUCUACAAGUUUUUCUCUAACCACCAGAUGGCAGUAUUGUACACCUAACACCCAGCUCAAUAUCCAGAAACAAUUUAAAUUAAAUUUAGAUCAUCAUUUAAGAGAUUUAUUCAUAAAAAUGUAAUAUUUCACAUGCAAGCUAAUGGUGUAGUUGAGGAUUUUUGUGGUAAAC